AUGAAGACUCACUUGCUCCUGCUCAGCGGGAAGUGCACGAGAGCUGUUCUCUCAAUCGAGCGGCGAGAACCUGCAGGUGUCCUGCCAGAACCUUUCCCAGUUUCCAUGAUGCAAGCGUCGCGUUCUGAUCGAUACGAGGAUGAGCUGAGACGAACAGAGUUACCGCUAGAGCUGAGAACGUUCGGUGCCCCUCCAGAGUACACUGACGCUAUCCGAAGCCCGCAAGGGGUGGAGCACACAGGAGGAUUCGGACUGAACACGCUGAAAGAAGGAGACGCAAGCUUUGCAUCUCUUGCUGGCUCACGCAGGGGCCAGCAUGAGGCCUUGAGCAGGCACGACAGAGACGAUGUCGGGGCGAGCGGAGAGGAUGUCGACCAAGAGCAAAGAUCGAACCUCUCAGAGGCUGUCAUACGAAAGUUGAAGCAGAAAAACUCACAGCUGGAGAAGGAGCUCCGAGACAAGAAGAGACAGCUAGAAGACAUGAUGAAGAGCGUGGUAUCAUGGAAGAAUAGCAUCAAGGACAAGCACAUCUCAAAGAUCGAGGAGGUUGAGACCAUCAUGAAACAAAAGCUUCAAAAGAGUCACAUGACCAGUCGCAAGCUGAAAGUGAAGCUCCUAGCUGAAAUAAUGCGCAAGCGCUCUGCUAUCACAAAGUCCUCCGUGUUGAACUUUUGGCACGAGAUUGCAAUGGUUGGAAGGUGUGCUUCUUCGGAGCUCAUGGUCGCUUUCCUCAAGGAGCAGCUGAACUCGACGGGGCAGACGCCUCGCUCCAUGCCGAAACCGAACAACGCGCAUGAGGAGGAGCUCAUGAGAGCGCAACUCGUCCUCGAGUCUCUGCUGUCCCAGCUCGCCCCUUGCCCGCAGAUCCCAACAGGGAACGUCAGCGAGUACGAUGGCAACAUGGCCAACGCUGAAGCCAGCCCGGCUCAAGUCCGCAAGAGUUUGACCUCCCAGCUGGAGAUGGUGUGGGCUGAGGUGCGAGAGCUUGUGGCCAAGAGCGCAAACCAGCAGGGAAUCAGCCGAGCCUCGUCCUCCUCCUCCGGGAUCAGCCAUGAGCUCGUGAUCGCCCGGCUGAGGGGGAAACUGGAUCACUUGUCAAAGAUGCUUGAGGCGAAGGAUUCUGAGCUAGAAGAUUACAAGGCACAACUGGAGCAGAAGUCUCCGUCGCUAUCGGAGGAGCAUAACAAGGAGCUUGCACUGGCGAACGUGAAGAUCAAGGAGCUGGAGCAGCUAUUGUCCAAGUCCUCAGCCGACAUGGAGGAGAAAGAGAAUCAGCUGAAGCAACAGGUUGCUCGGAUCAACAGCCUUGCUGCUGCGCUGCAGUCGAAGGAAGAGGACAGCUCGCUGCUCUCGUCACUGCAGAACGUGCGCGUCCUCGCUUGCACCAUCGCUGGCGAUUUUGACGGGAAAAUUCUGCAGAGAAUUGUUGAGAUGCACCACAUGAUGAGGGAACUGGAGCCAGACAAGCCCUUCUUUUCUCUGCUCCUCCUCGCCAUGCCGCGUUACUUCAUCUCGCAGGUUGUUCCCAAGGCUCAAGAUGCCUUCACCUCUCUCAAGGCCAUCAGCAACGGCUUCGAGGUCACCUCCUCGGCCAAGAACAGGGUGAGCAAGCAGCUGGAAGACAGUCAGAGGAGGCUCGAGACUGCAGAAGCGAAUUUAGCUGAAGCACAGCAACGGCUAUUGGAGCUCAAGGACCUAGCUGACAGGUUUCAAGAGAAGUCCGAGAAGCUGGAGGAAGAGCUUCAAGGAAGCAGAGAAAAAGAGAAGCAGCUCUCGGAUUCCUUGACAGCAGCGGAGGAAGCGAUCGAGCGGGAGAAGCAGGAGAAGAAGACGCUGCAGGCUCAAGGGCAGCAGAUCCUGAGAGAUGCGGACCGAGUGAGCAACCUAGCAAGAGAACGAGCUGCCAGCCUCCUGGAGAAGUCGCAGGAGAUCCAGGAGCUGCAGGGCAUCAUCGGCAAGCUGAGGGGACGAGCUGAGGAGUGUAGGCUACAGGUGCAGACCCUGCAAACUGAACUUGCAGCUUCAGUCGAGGACCUCCGAUUCUGUACAGAUCAGGUGACCUCCUCGUUGGAAACAGAACACAAGCAGAAGACGGACUUGAGCUUGAAGUUGUUGGAGGCGAGGAAGUUGAACGACGAGACCUUGAGGCGGGUGGAGGACGCAGCAAGAGAAGCAGAGCAGAUGCGGGAGGAGAACAAGAAGAUGCAGGCUCAGCAUGGCGCUUCGUGA